AUGAGCUAUGCUUUUACUAAUAUUCAUUUGCAAGCAAUCCAAGGAUUUGAUAAUAACAAAAAUGAUACGGAUUCAUCACAUGAUUCUGAUGUUGAAGUUACAUCACAAGUUGAUUAUGAUCAAAAUGACAUACUUUGUUUAAAAAGAUAUUUAAAUAUCAAUUCAGAUGAUGAAGAAAAUGAUAAAGAGCCAAUAGACGAAGACACUGAACAGUUAGUAUCAGCAGGUGACAAUGGAUUAAGUAAUAGUCCACAGCAAUCAUUCACAACCAAUACUACUGCUUUAAUUACUAGUUCAUCAAUAACAUCCGAUGAUGAAAUUGAAUAUAGAACAGCUAAUGAUCAACCUAAUAAACGCAAACGGCGUCAAUGGACCAUAUUUGAAAAGUUAAAAGCAUUAGACGAUCUAGAGAAAAAUGGAAAUAAUAAAAGGUUAACGGCUACCAAACAUCAAUGUACGCGAUUUAUGUUAAAACAAUGGGAAAAAAGAAAACAGGAGCUUUUGAUGUUAGCAAAUGAAACCCACGGUGAGUUAACUAUCACUUCAUUACGUCAAUCGAUAAUACGUUUAUAUCGAUACAGCAGCAAUCUUAACUCUUUGUACACGAGACUCGUAUAA